UCCAGGGAGAGGGGGUGAAAGAGUCCACUGAUGAGUGUGACUAGGAAACGGGUGCUGGAGGAGGGAGAUAGGGUUUGGGCAAAUGUGAGGGGAAGGGCAGAAAUAAGGCAGAGAGAGGGGAACGGAGACCAAUUUUUAAUGAAGGCUUGGUGCGAGCUGGUAAUGAGAGCAGAGAUGGGAUUGUGGAGAGAGGGGAUAUCCAUGGGGGGAGUGAAAUAGGAUUGAAGGAGGUGGAGGGGCCGUGGGGCAAUGAGCUGGGGUUUAGAAGGAAAGGAAAUCAGAAUGAGGGAGGGAAAUAGGGUUUGGAGGUAGGAUAAGGGCUCCUGGUGGGUAGGAGGGAGAAGGGAUUUAGAGGAGGCUGAGAAGCAAGAUAAAGAAGAGAGUCAGGGAAACCAUGUUUUAGGUUGAAGGCUUGGAGGCAGGGGGGGAAUCCCAAUGAGGAAGGAAGAUUGGAUUUAGGAGAGAAAGAGGAUCAGAUCAGGGAGGAAAUCAAAGAGGGAAGGAAAUGGCAUUCAGUAGAGAAAGGUGAUCAGAGAAGCAGAGAAGACAGGGUUUGAGAAGGGAGCCCGGGAUACAAGCCCAAAGAAGGAGGGAGAUGGGUUUUAAGGGUAUUGAAGGAGGGUGGUAUAGCUUAGAAAUCGAGGGAGGAAAACCAGGAUUUUUAGUGUGGUGGAAAUGACAGGUGAAGUAGUCAUGGGGCAAUGUCUGACACUGUAGGGGAGAAACUAAGCUUGAGAGAUAGGAGAAUGGAGAGAGUAAGAACUGGGUGUAAAGGGCAGUGCAGGUGAAUAGAUUGGUUGAGAUAGCCUUAAAAUCAGGGCAGUGAAAGGCUGCCAUUGAGAAAAGCUAAGAACUGCAGGGAGGCUUUUGUAGGGAAGAUGGGAAAUAAAUAAAUAAAAGCCAAGUUAAGAGUUAGGGCUAAGUAAGUAAGUUUAGGUGGUGAGGAGGUAAAAGUUGUAGGGAUUUAGUAGAUAAGAGGUGAUAAGGAAGUAGUAGUUUAAGGAGAUAGGUGAAUUGAGAGAGAUGGGGAGCAGAACUGGAAGUGAGAUAAAAAGAGGGGGAAAUUGGUUGAAGGGAGGCAAAUGGAGCCUAGGUAGAUACAGACCUUGGAGAAAAGGAACAGGGAUGGGGAUUAACUGUCCUAUGUAGAGGAUGUUCCAGAAGCUCUGGAGGGCUCAGGGUACAAAAACUUUAGUGGUCAUUGAGAGGAAAUGGAAUGGGAUAGGGAGCUGCUGAUGCAGAAGAAAACCAUGGUGAGUGAAAGGGGUAAAGAGAAUUUAGAAGCAAGGGUGAGAACUAAAGACAGGAGGUGGGGGCAGGGAAUAGGUCUACAGAAUUCUUGGGUGAGCGGGGAGCAACAGGAGAGGAUGAAAUUGUUGAGUCCCUUUGUCCCCAGAAAGGCUAUAAUGCCUCCACGAACCCCCCCUCCUUUUUCUCCCCCAAGGAGUCUUUAAUCCUCUCCCACCAUUCAGCUCCUUUAAUCCUUUUGGUUUUAUGAGCACUAUUGAAAAGUUGUGGCCAACUUUGAUUUAAUUUUGUUCUUACACAGUAUGAAUGAUAUGGUGCCCCAAGGAUAGUGAUGAAAAGUAUGCAUUUAACUUCUUUGGUAGUAAUGGGAAAACAUGGUACUUAAUAAAUGUUUUUAUUUACUGUAUGGAUAUGACUGUUUUGUGUGAUGGUGUUAAUGUCGUAUUUGCUGUAUUGUUCCAAGAGGACUUGAGGCGAGUGCUCUGGGCAAAAUUGUCAUACACUUUUGUCUUCAAUUGAGAGCGCUGUAUUGUGGAAGUAGAGAAUGGUGAGAAAUUCUGUUUCAGUUAAUUCAUGGAGUUGCUAUUUGGUUAUUUGGGUAGCUGAAGAGUAUUGAGAAAGUGGUUUAGAAAAAUGUGGACAGCCCAGGGAGAGAGUUAACCUGUAUAAAGAGAUUUAAAUAGGGAACUGACUCCUUGUUCUUGCACAAUGAUUUAUCUUAAAAUGUUUUCAAAUGGAAUAGAAUAUGAGGAAAAACAUAAAAAGUUAGACUUUGGUUUUAUGUUGACUAAGGAUGUCCUUAAGGAUGUCACUUUUGAAAAUUUCUGUAACAUAAUUGCAAGUUGUAGAAAUUGGCUGGCUCUGAGCAUUUCCACUGCCUUCCCCUCACUUUCCCUCUGUGAGUAAGAACAUAUCAAGUUCAAUUUAUGCAAGUCUCUGAUUUUUCUUAAAAGACCCUUUUGGAUAAAGGAAAGUUUUAAGUUUUAAGGCAGAUUUGGAGUUAUUCUAACAAUUUUCUUUUAUUAUUGACUUUCAAGCCUUCAGAGCUAUUCCCUGAGAAAUGUAAAAACCAAUUUACUUUGAUGUUGGUCACUUAUUUUAAAUACAAAGGACAGCACCUCUCUUACUUAGGAAAAAGUGAAAUUCCUAUCUGUAAAAUUUGUGUUGGCUUGAUGAAAGUGUUUUAGUUAGCUUGCUUUCAAAGUCACUUAGAAACUUUCUUUUUAGUUUUGCUAAUUUUGAAUGAUCUAGUAUUGCUAUACAAUGUUUUUUAAGUUACAGAGAUUGGCUUUUUGUGGAUUCCAGAUACUUGGGUUCAAGCAGUGUUUUGGCUUUUUUAUGAAAGUUCUUAUGCAUAUUAAUACUUUCCAAUAUAAGCUCCUUCAGAAUUAAGUUUAUAGACACACCAAGAACUGAUCAUGUUGAAUUUGGUUCAAAUUUUGUUUUCUGGUUUUUGUUAAAUGUGUUCCAAGUCACUAGAUAUAUUUAGCGCUUGAACAAAGUUUCUCUUUUCAUGUUAACUUUUAAAAGGACUCUUCCUCAGUUCAACAGAUGUUUAUUGAGUGCUUACUACAUGCACUGCCAAUGUGCUAGGUACUCUUAGAUAUUAUUUCCAUAGAGAAAUCUAAUUGAAGCAUCUGUUUACUUGAGAACUUUUAAUCUAGUGCCUUUAGCUAUAAUGUUUCUUUAUGUAGUGGUUGUUUUUGAGAUGGAAAUUGCAGCAGGUGUUAGUCUGUUGUAGUCUUUGUGUAUUAUUACCCUUUAUUAUGCAUUCAUUCUUAUACUAUUGACUGUUAUGUGUUAAAGCCUUUAAAAAUCUAGAUAAAUGAAUCUUGUCUACAGAAAAUGUGAACUUGUUUUGGGAAAAAAAAGUAAACAUUUCCAUUCACAGUGCUGUAUUACAAAUUCCUGGUGUAGACAGUUAUUUUUAAGUCUGAAUUUCUAAAAUGACUUGUUUGAAAGUUAAUAAUCUUUAGUCCAAAUAGUUAUACUAAAUGGCUUAAUGAUACUUAUAAAUUUUCUUUUCAGUUCAUGCUAGAAUCUUCUACCAAAAUUACACUUUUGUCUAUAAUGUCACUUAUCUCAUGUUUAUGUGCAAAGUACCAUUAAAAUCAGUCUAUCAAAUUUAAAUGACUAGGUGUAUAUAAUUAUGUCUCCUUGAUUAAUCAUAGAAUUUUAGGACUUGAAGAGUCCAUCUCUCCCACUUUAGGCAGGAGCACACAGACCAUUCCUGAUCAAUGAAAAUCUAUUUGAUUUUUUUAAAAAAGCAUCCAAAGGAGGAAGUUAUACAACCUACACAGGACAGGAUCAAAAACCUUGUUAACGUCAUGAUAGAUUUCACCUAUUGCUUCAUCUUGAUCUACCUGACCUGCCAUUCAAUAGCAUAUGAGAUUAGUCCAACAAGAUUUGGUCUUUAUCAAGUCAGACUUGUUGUUACAGAGUGCCCACUUUUCUUCAAGGUUCUACCGCUGCAUAAUUCUUCGAGUUCUGUCCAGAAAUCUGGCACCGUAGCUGCCACUAUCACAGCUGGUCUCUAGGGACACUUUGAGAUCCCAAGCUAUAGGUUGUGGAUUAAAAGAAAUCUAAUGAAUCUAUGAUAAUAUGGACGAAAAUGAAGAUGGAUGAGAAAACUGAGGCCCAGCAAGCUCAACUGACUUUCCCAAGGUUACCCAGAUUUUUGAAGCUGUGCUGUGUUUCAUGUGAUAAAGAUCUCAGUACCAAUUAAAUUCCUGAAGACCUGCCAGAUCCUAUUGGCUAAAAUGGGGAUUUGCCAGGCCCCAGGUUCUGAGUUACAAAGAAGAGGCAAUACAAAUAUGACUCAGUUAAAGGAGUGGAGACUUCUGUAAGACAUGGAUAGAUGCAAACAUGUAGGGCGGUUACGACUCGCCCAGGACCAUUCUAUCCUGAAUCCUCAGAAGUGGCACUGUGUGCAGUGUAACACCACAGAGUCUGUCUGGGCAUGUUUGAAAUGCUCUCAUGUGGCCUGUGGACGGUACAUUGAGGAACAUGCAUUUAAACACUUUGAAGAAACCGGACACCCAUUGGCUAUGGAAGUCAAUGAUCUCUAUGUGUUCUGUUAUCUUUGUGAAGACUAUGUUUUAAAUGAUAACCCUGAAGGGGAUCUGAAACUGCUCAGAAGCACUCUCUCAGCAAUCAGGAGCCAGAAGCAGGAUCUGUCUGUGAGGAGUGGUCGGAUGCUUCGGUCGAUGGCUUCAGGAGAGGACGUGUUCCAACCUCAGCAGGCUCCUCAGGGACAGCCCCAGAUGUUGACAGCUCUGUGGCACCGGCGGCAGUGUCUGCUGGCUAAAGCGCUGAGGAUCUGGUUUGAAAAGAGCACCAGAGGCCAACAGAAACUGGAGCAAAGAAAGCGAAUAGAGGAGUUGGAGAAGAAGAAAGAGGCUGCAAGGCAGCGGAGGCAGGAGAUGAAGCGCCGCCUACUUGAGGAGCUGGCCAAUACUCCUCCCAGGAAAAGUGCAAGGCUGCUUUCUCAUGUUCACCAAGCGAAUUUGAUUCCCAGAAAAUUCAGAGAGAUAGCAACGAGUCCCCCUACCUCAAGAAGAGUGCAGAGCAGCAAAUUCAAACCAUUUUAUUCUAUCCGCCGUAAGCCAAUGGUGACUCCUGGUGUAACAGGUCUUCGGAACCUGGGUAACACCUGUUACAUGAACUCUAUCCUUCAAGUGCUCAGUCACCUCCAGAAGUUCAGAGAAUGUUUUUUGACCCUUGACCUCUGUGAAACAGAAGAACUGCUUGCCAAAACAGCCAAUGGGAAGUCUCACAUGUCAGGUAAAUUGGCAAAUGAAUCUGCUGCUGAUGAGUCACCUAGAAAUGACAGAAUUGAGCCAUGCGGUAGGCAGGGCUUACCCACUGGCUUGAAUGGUGGGUCCUCCAUAAACAGGAGCUUAGAACUAAUACAGCCUAAGGAGCCAAGUUCAAAGCACAUUUCUCUCUGUCAUGAAUUACACACCCUCUUCCGUGUUAUGUGGUCUGGGAAGUGGGCCCUGGUAUCUCCAUUUGCCAUGCUCCAUUCUGUUUGGAGCUUGAUCCCUGCCUUUCGGGGCUAUGACCAGCAAGAUGCUCAGGAGUUUCUCUGUGAGCUACUGGAUAAAGUCCAGCAGGAGCUUGAAUCAGAGGGAACCAAACGUCGGAUUCUCAUCCCCUUCUCCCAGAGAAAACUCACCAAGCAGGUUCUGAAGGUGGUGAACACAAUAUUUCAUGGGCAGCUGCUCAGUCAGGUCACAUGCAUAACAUGCAAUUACAAAUCCAAUACCAUUGAACCCUUCUGGGAUCUGUCCCUGGAAUUCCCUGAGCGCUAUCAUUGCAUAGAAAAAGGGCUUGUCCCUUUUAAUCAGACUGAGUGCAUGCUGACGGAGAUGUUGGCCAAAUUCACAGAGACGGAGGCCCUGGAAGGGAGGAUCUACGCAUGUGACCAGUGCAACAGCAGACGGCGUAAAUCCUCUCCCAAGCCCCUGGUUCUGAGUGAAGCUAGAAAGCAGUUAAUGAUCUACAGACUACCUCAGGUUCUCAGGCUGCACCUUAAACGAUUCAGGUGGUCUGGACGUAAUCACCGUGAGAAGAUUGGGGUCCAUGUCGUCUUUGACCAGGUAUUAACCAUGGAACCUUACUGCUGCAGGGACACUCUCUCCUCUCUUGACAAAGAGACCUUUGCCUAUGACCUCUCCGCAGUGGUGAUGCAUCACGGGAAAGGGUUUGGCUCAGGACACUACACAGCAUAUUGCUACAACACAGAGGGAGGUUUUUGGGUCCACUGUAACGACUCCAAGCUGAAUGUAUGUAGUGUCGAGGAAGUGUGCAAAACCCAGGCCUACAUCCUUUUUUACACUCAAAGAACAGUGCAGGGCAAUGCAGGAAUCUCUGAAACCCAACUCCAAGCUCAGGUGCGGUCCAGCAACAGUGAUGAGAACAGAAGAUUGACAUUCCCCUGAAGGGAUCAUGGUCACCUCUGGCUUGUUUUUGAAACCAUCGGUGUUCGUACAUCUUUCCUCUUUGUAGGAAUUAAGGCUGACUGAAGGAACAGAUUUGCUACACUCUGGGGUCAAGAAUAGGAGUUGUCAGGCUAUUCAGUCCUGUCAUGAAAAUUUGUAGUCAGUUUCUUUUUAAUGUAUUUGGAUAUUCCCCAUCUUCCAUAAAACAGAACAAAAGGAACAGCCUCUUCAGUCAUCAUCUUUUAUCAACUUCUCUCCAUUACAAAAGGGAUCCUGGUAUAGGGAGAUAGAUGUAAAAUGAUGAUGUCCAACAAGGAGAGAAGCCUUGUUGUCAUCUCUCCAUUAUGCCUUUUUCUCCCUCCUAAACAGUGCAAACCAGCACCAUGAGCAGGUACAGCCCAGGCUAAAGGUUACUACCAGGUGAGAAGGAGUCCUGGACUUGAGCCAACUGCCUUAUCAGGCUGGUUACCCAGGGUUUACACUAGAUAACACAUGUCUCAGGCCUGGGUAGUUGGGUAGUUUGCAGUUUAAGGAUUUGGCUCUUACAGCAGGGGAUUUGGAUAAAUGAGUGCUAGGCAUUUGCCAGUCCAGGCUAAACACUUGGCUGGGGAAUCAUUGCAAUUGUGUGCUAAAGGAGAAAAAAGAAAACCACAUGAAGAGUGCCCAUGGAACACUUUGAAAAAAAAAAAUCCUAUGACCUACCCAUUGCUCAUUUGUGCACCACCUCUGGGACGCCUAUUGCUUCACUUAGUGGCAGAAAGGGCAGCUCCCAGGAGUGCAACAAGAUCAGGAAAGACCAUCCACUGCACCCCACUCCUCAUUACUGAUAAGGCUUAGAGCUGUAGAUUUAAAUCUUGAGCCUGGGCCUGAGAUGUUUAAGUCUGUCCUUGGGUCAGCCUCGUAUUCCUGAGGCUUCCCCAGAAGUCAGGUCAUUGGGAAUAGGGAAGCCCUUCAGUCCAGCGUUCUACUUGAAUGGUUUUCGCCACUUUCCACAGCCCCAGUCCACUGACAAUACAGACAUCACAAAGAGUGUGGGCCUCCAUGGGACUCUUGAAGAUUCUGUCAUCAGCAACUGUCCCUACUAUGGCUGUGCAGCUUGCUGCUUUUGAGCCUGACCAGAUCCCACCCACAUUUCUUGGGAAUUCCAGAUCAUUCAGGACUAUACUACCUGUCAGAGAAUUAAAAGCUGAUGAGACCCAGGGGCUGGGGAAAUGUACCUUACUCUUUAAAUGGGAUCUGUAGCAAAAAUUGUAAUGGGAGUUUCCCAGGUUGACCUUAAAUGCGAAUGUACCCUACUUACUAACCAGCCACCACCACUGAGCUUAUCUUCUGAGCCCUUUGGCUGUGGCAACCCUAUUGAAAGUAAAGUGCAAACCGUCACAGCAUUGUAGCUGUUGCUUCAGUGAAUGAAGCCUCAGCGUAUCACUAUGAAUGCUCAUCUUUUGACUGAGUAUAUCACAUUAAUGUUUGAAUUCAGGUAGAGGUACAGCUGUCAAUUGAAUGGAGUAAGUGUGGAAGGGAGUUUGGGAGGGAGGAAAGUUGGGGGGAGGGGAGGGAGGAGGCUGAAGAAAGAGGGCAGGUUCAGCCUUGCUCAUCAAUCAGAUUCCCCAGGCAGAUCUGGAGUGUUUGCUGCUGACCUCUUUUGAGAUGGCCUCUCCCAAAUGACCUACCAAACAGCACUGAGAUGUGGAAACAUUACAGACAAAGGAUGGCUUACCCUGGGAGGGAAGGGAGUGACUAACUAUACUUUGAAUUAAACUUGCUUUUUCCAACACUGUGAGGUUUCUGUAAUAUUUAGCUUUUAUUUGGAAGCGAUAGCGUAUAGCAUUUUUUAUGCUGUUUGGUUUAUGUUGUCUCCUGCAGGCUUCUUUAUAUAAGCUUUGCCCAGGGCUCGCUCUCUACUGUACACUGUUUUAAAGUGUCACGGCUGCCAGGGCCACCAGAGGAGGUUCUGAUAUGGAGUUAAGCUCUCGAGGCCCAAAUUGUUAAUCAACACAAUUGGGAACAAUGUUCUUCAUGGUGACGGCAAAACCCAUUUACCCCAAGAGCUAAAGAUAGUAAACCUGUUAAAAGGAAAAUAAGAAUUGUGCCUCAUCUUUCACUGAAUCCUAUAUUUAUUAUUCUAGAAUCAUAGAAAUUUUAAAAAGAUAGAAAGGACUACUAGAGUACCUACUCCAUUCCUCUGGCAAGUCCAGGGGGAAAUUGUUUUUAAAAGAUAAAAAGCAACACAAUGUGAUAGGUUAAUACAAAUACUCAAAUGUAAUUUUUAAAAAAAAUAGUUUUAUACCAAAUAAUUAUAAGGAUUAUUAAGCUGAUUAAAGAAUGUGUAAAGUAAAUGCUUUAACUUGGCCAAGUACCAAUAGAUCAAAAUGAUUUUUUAAAAAAACCUUUUAAAAAAUUAGAUGAUAUAGAAACAUGAGAAAUACCAUCCAAAGUACCCUGUCUCAGGCAGGACAGAGGUUCUAAGAGGCCAAGUCAGCACCAGAAUCUAAAUGAGAGUAGAAUCUGAGCUGAAAUUUUGAAAACCAAGGCUUCCUUCCCACUGGGUAAGUCAGCUCAAAUUUCAAAGCUCAAAUGAAAGAUGUUAAGAGUAAAAUGCCCUUUUAAAAUUUAUGUAAAUCUUGGAUGUAGACAAGUCUUAGUUGUGUUUUGCUUUUCAACAAGAGAAAAGAAAGUUAAGAACCUAGUAAGACUUGUAAGUAAAGGCCACCAAAUCUAAUCCAAGUUCUACUGAAACCUCAUGGACCCACUUUGCUCCAAAGAGCAAGGAAGUGCUUCAUUAAAAUCUCAUUCCCAGAACACUUGCCACUUGGCCAGCACAUUUACUUUCCACUAUGAUCUGCUUUCCCUGAUGAAGGCAUCCUGGCCCCAAAAGGUGUUUUACCUCCAACUAGUUUGACCUUGAUAUUUUCAUUCACCCUGAGGCAAGCAUGUGUGCUAAUGUAUUGUUAACCAACAAUUAACCCUCAGGCAGUCAAGAACUGAAGCCCUUAUAGAACUGGCAGGGCCCCCCUCUCAGGGUAGGAGGCAGUGCCACACUGUAAAUUUCCAGAUGUCUCUCAAAAUGUCAAAAA